AUGUCUGAUGAAGAAAUAACACCGAAUAAUUCUAUGGAUAUUGAUCUAGCACCAAAUGAAUCGUCUUCUUCUUCUGUACCAGCAACAUCAAGUGUUAUACUUGAUAUUGGUAUUGGUAGUGGAGAUAUAUCGGAUUCAGAUGAUGAAGAUAUUCAUGAACCGACGCAAUCAAAAAGUUCAACACCAGAUUCAACAACUAUUCUAACUACAGUCACUAGAAAGCCUAUAACAACGCAUAAACCUUCUUUUACGAAAAAUAAGUCUUCAUUGGUUAAUUACGAACCAGAAUCUGACGAUGAAGAACAUACGGACGACGAGGAAGAAGAAAAUAUUGAAAUACCAUAUACAGAGGAUGAUCCUUCAAAUUCUAAUAGUCCAGUUAUAUUGCAGCGUAUUGGAGAAUCAGAUUUUGUUCAAACUAAAACACCCACAUGCAAUGAACAAACGAUAGUUACUUCUGACCUUUUGAAUGUUACACCCUUCAAACAAGAAGAAUCAUCACCAGCGUCUCGUAACGAUUUAACGCCUAAUUAUCCAUUAAUAUUUCCUGAAGAUGUUGAUAUCCGUAUACCAUCAGAACCAAAUACAAAUUGUCCACCUAGACUUGAAAAAAAAUUUGAAGAAUAUUAUAAAAAAUUUAAAAAAACAGGUGUUGAUCAAAAUGUCCGUAUACAAGAAUUAAAAGAUUUUCGAAAUCCAUGCAUGUAUGAGAAAAUGAUUUCACACUUGGACAUUGAUGAAAUAGGAACAAAUUUUCCACAGGAAUUAUAUGAUCCACAUUGGUGGGGUAAAGAAUCUUAUUAUGAAGAACUAAGUAAAGCACAAAAACUUGAAAUUGAUCGAAGAGAAAAAGAACGAAAAGAGCGCACAAAAAUUGGUUUUACACCAGGUGUUAAAAAGAUUGAUCAACUUGGUGUUGGGUCAUCAAAUAAUUCUGAUAUGGGUGGUGAAAAACGCAGAACACGUUUUGAUCAAUGA